AAGGAAGGAAAGAAGGCACGGUGCGAGGAAGGGAUGGACAGGCAUGCAGGGAGGAAGGGAGAAAGGCAGAAAAAGAACGACAGCCUGACAGAAAAAAGAAAGAGCAACCAUAAAUGAAGAUGUAAUGAGCUACGUGAGGACACUGACGAGGCUAGCUAACAAGGUUAGGACUAGAGUCCCCAACUCACCUGGUUUUGCCCAUACUGCCCCCGCCUUUAUGCCCCUGAAAGCCCCACCUCCGGUGAAAGCAUUCGACCCUAGGAAAAUCAGAGGGGUCCUGUUCAACAAGGACGUAUAUUGACUGAUGCCUGCUUAGUCCCAGAGUACUGCUGCUGCUUCUCCCCACCUGCUUUGCUUCUGCCUUGCCAUGUGGCAGAGAAAGCCCCAGACAUGGGCUACGCAAGGGUCUUUGAUUGAACUGAGAUACGCAGGUGGGGUUGGGUGCUACAGGAGACAGAUACGCCUGUGGGAGUCUUGAAUCCGGCUUCUGUGGGGAAACGGAACUGGGCUCAGGGAUCUACCACAUUUGUCCCAGCGAACAUAUCAGCAUCAUGCCCCUCACCUCAGAGAUACUCGCAAUCCACUUAAGGUCUAAGGGCAAAGACUGGGGAGGGAACACUGCUGUGAGCCUAGCCACCCCAGCAGAACGUGAUCACACGAUGGAUGCCAUGAUCACUGAAACAAGAAGGAUGCUGCUGAUGUGCCCACCUUCCUCUCAUUGGAAAAGGUUUCUGUGAGUUAUUCUCAAAUAGGAAACCAUUAGACACUUAUUCUGUAACGAUUCCUAACAUUUAGGAAACAGCUUCCUCGUUUAUGAUUCCCCCAGUGACUACGGAAAACGAUGUAAACACCAACAAGGAAAGUCCUGCCCAUUGGCCUAACCUUCGGGGGUCCAGCGCAUAAAAGCCCCAGAACCGGAGGAGGCACCAGAAUCUGACAACCUCGCCUCCGGACAGGACCUGCCCACCCUCCACGCCUGACACCAUGACCCACUCGUGCUGCUCCUCUUGCUGCCAGCCUACGUGCUGCAGGACCACCUGCUGCCGGACCACCUGCUGCCAGCCCAGCGGCUGUGGGUCCAGCGGCUAUGGGUCCAGCUGCUGCCAGCCUUGCUGCCGCCCAACCUGCUGUCACACCACCUGCUGCCGGACCACCUGCUGCCAGCCCAGCUGCUGUGGGUGUAGCGGCUGUGGACACAACUGCGGUGGGUCUAGCGGCUGUGGUUCCAGCUGCUGCCAGCCUUGCUGCUGCCCAGCUUGCUGUCACACCACCUGCUGCCGGACCACCUGCUGCCAGCCCAGCUGCUGUGGGUCCAGCGGCUGUGGACACAACUGCGGUGGGUCUAGCGGCUGUGGGUCGAGCUGCUGCCAGCCUUGCUGCUGCCCAACUUGCUGUCAUACCACCUGCUGCCGGACCACCUGCUGCCAGCCCAGCUGUUGUGGGUCCAGCGGCUGUGGGUCCAGCGGCUGUGGACAAAACUGAUGUGGGUCCCGCUGCUGCCAGCCAGGUUGCUGAAGCCCCGUGUACUGCACGAGAACCUGCUACCGCCCCACCUGCUGCUGCCUGCCUGGGUGCCUAGCCCAGGGCUCUGGAUCCUGCUGCCAGCCUUCCUGCUGCUGAUUGCCUCGCCAAGAACCGCCAUCUGACUUGCCACUUGGGAAUGGGUCACCGCCAAGCGUUGCGGAAAGCCAGCCCGCAAUCCCCAACGUCUCGGUUAUUCGCCUGCCUGUCUGCCAUCUUGUGAAUCAGCCUGAUGAAGUUGUGGACCGCUUCUCCCUGAUUCGCUUCUUCUUUCCUUCCUCUGGGUCAUGUGCCAGCUUCUCCCAUCCUGAUACAGAGUCAGGAUCUCUGUUUGGUCUCCAUAGUCAAGAACUUUAUCCUGUCCCUCUAAAUACGUCAGCGAAACAACUCCUCAGCAAUGACCUAUAACUCGUGGAAACGGCCGAAAGCCCACACGGGUAUGCUUCCUUUCUCGGUGUACUCAUGAAGCUUGUACGCCUCUUGCUGCCUGUCACGUUCCCUUUCAAUGUCUCCCUAGACGCGGGGAGUCUCACCUGUAUCUCUUAAUAAAUCCUAAUCAGUUGGAA